AUGUAUCGGGUUGAUAAGGAGCAUGCUAGACCAUCGCGCUCGAGGCCGGUGUCAUGUCACUUCUGUCGCACGAGGAAGCUGAAGUGCAGUCGGCAGUUCCCUUGCUCCAAUUGCACCAGCCGGGGCAAGGAAUGUCAGCUCUAUCCCAUUUUUGCUACGCAAACACUGUCAAGCCAUUCAGAUCCGACAAUAUCCGAGAAGCCAUCUACAGAUUUCAAUGCCGAUGUUCUUGCCCGGUUGCGCCGCUUAGAAGAUAUCGUCAUUGGGGGGUUAGGUCAAUCUCCAACCCAAACAGCAUCUCAUCCCUCUUCUCCAGCACGCAAAUUGGACCAUCCAUUCACGAGUCAGCAAAGAGAAUCAGCUUCAGCAGCAGCUGUUGACUGGCUGGAAAGUGAAAUCACAUCUCCCGGUUCGACGAACUGUCUCUUGACAUAUGAGCUUGAAUUCAGAGCGUGUCCUAUUCGGGAUGCUCUGAGCUUUGCGCCGGUUGUCUCACAGGCUUCGCCUCCGGCAAAGUGCAUUUGGCUACCACUGUAUGAGGAGGCGUCAAUUAUCAUUGAAAAGUAUAUCGAAGAGAUCACCUAUCUCCAUCAUGUGGCGCAUACCCCCUCAUUGCGCGUUCUGGUCGAAAAGCUUUACGGCGAUCUACGAGAGAGCAAGCCUGUCGAAAUCGGGCAGGUCUCCCUCCUCUUGGGAAUUCUCGCCAGCACGACGACCUUCUGGACGGAGCAUGAUAUGCAGAACGAAAUUUUCUCCAGUGUUGAAGAAGCCAAUGGGCAGUCCAUACGAUGGAUGAAACUCGCACUGGAGGUGAUUGAAUACUCACGUUUCAAACAUACUGAGUCACUAGAAGAUGUCCAAGCCAUGAUCAUUUUAAUAUUCGUGACUACCAAUUUGGUUGGAAUUGCGUCUCAAUCUCGAUAUAUAGUUAACAUGGCCAUUUCGGUAGCAAGGGAACUAUCACUGCACCGUAUCGAUCAUGCUAAUAACCGCAAUGUGGAUGUCCCUCCUCCGGACUCUGCGAGAGCAGAGAUAAGUCGAAGAGUAUGGUGGUAUAUUGUUGCAACUGAUUGGCAGAUGUCACAAAUUUCCGGCCCUCAGAAAGGCACAUAUUCUAUUAAUCCUCGCCAUAUGAUGACCAACAAACCUCUCAAUGCAAACGACGAGGAUCUAAUCGACGGGAUGGCUCGCGUCGGCAAGCCAAUUGAAGAGCCAACAUCCAUGUCGUACUGUCUUCAACGAAUCCGACUGGGCGAAUUUUGCCGCGAGAUUACAGAUAGCGCACCCUUUGGAAUGUUCGACCCAGGCACUCCAGACUACAAACACACACAACGCAUUGACACCAAAAUCUGCGAAUUUGCAGAGAAGUUGCCAGAAUUCUUCUCGCUGUCUUUUGUGCCAGAAAGUCUACCAAAGACUGAUCACCGGCGAUCAACGGGAAUAAACAUUCAACGAUAUAUUUUCAAUUUCAUGAUUAAUACCCAGAGAUGCAGGCUUCAUUUGCCCUAUUUGUCGCGUGCGGCAAAAGACCCUGCAUAUGAAUCCUCCCGAAAAGCCUGUCUAGAGGCAGCUCGAAUGGUCAUUCGAACUGAACAACAACUCUCCCGAGAGAUGAUUUCUUUCGUAAUGAUGCGAUUGAAGUUUUCAGGAAUGAUACAUUGUAUCUGUGUGGCUAUUAUCGUACUUCUUAUCGAUUUCUGUUUAAACAGUUCUCAACAAGAGAAUGACCAAGGGCGAAGAGGAGAGAUCCUUGACGCUUUCAGGAUUCUAGAGGAGGCUAAAGAACACUUACCAUUCGCAAAGAACUUACUCGAAUCUUUCAAAACUGUUCUCUGUCGGCGAAACAUAUCAGCCCCAGCCGAAAGAACUACAAUGCGACCCACCAGCCAGGAAAAAUCAUCCCAAGGGCUCACUAAUAAUUAUCAAAAGCCCACAGGCCUGAUUGAUUCGAUUGGAUCCAUUGGGAGCAAUCUAAUGGACCCGACGAUGCCUUCGUUGGAUGAGCUUUGGCAGGCAUUCGAUGAGAGUGUGGACUCAGCAGCUGUGGACUGGAAUACCUUGUUCGACGAACUGGAUGCCCCGUUUCUUUCUAUGUAA